AUGGCUACAAACAGUGGAUGUUUCAUGGAGAACGUGUAUCUUCUUCUUCCAUUCAUCAUAUUUUUGUUUAAGGGUGACGAUAGGGAUGAGGGCGAUGAUAUAUCUGAUUUGCUAAGAGACCUAGCUGCUGGUUUGGAUAAAGGGGGAGAUCUUGAAGAUGAUUGUGGUUUAGAUCAGGAUGAUUCUUUUCUAGAAUCUCUCCACAAACUUGAAGCUGAUUCUAGACAAGAGCUAUAUCCAGGCUGUAAGAAUUUCUCAAAGCUUCGAAAGCUCAAGGGACAUGUCCACACCAGAAGUCAUGUGGAAGGAUCAAUUGCAGAGGGCUAUUUGUUUGAUGAGAGCUUGACAUUUUGCUCACACUAUUUGGAUGAUGAGAGUCGGUUGAAUCGAGCUAGGAAUGAUGGGGGUUUGGAUAUGGAAGUUGAUGAUACAACUCCUUUCUUCCACAACAUUGGUCGAGGGCUGGCUGGCAAGUGCAUGGUGAUGUUAGAUAACAAAACUUGGCUGCAAGCCCACAGAUACGUCUUGUUCAAUUAUGACAACAUAGAACCAUACCUAGACAAACAUAUGGGUUACCUUUCUUCUAUUGGUGUUCGAAGUCAUCGAGAAGUCAAGCGUGUGCAUUACGAGACCUUUCAUGAGUGGUUUAAAUUGCACGUGGCAGAAAUGGGCGAUGAAGCACCUCAUGAGAUAAAAAUAUUAGCUAAAGAGCCAAACUUGGUUGAUAUGAAGUAUAGUAGCUACACUAUAAAUGGGACAGACUUUCAUACACAAUCAUAUGAUGAGGGCCGGUCAUUUAAGAGUAGUGGAGUAGCUCUUGUUGCACAAACCACAUCCUUUGCAAAAGGAAAAGGUGACAAUAUUAGUGUAAGAAACAAGACCUAUUAUGGCAUUAUAAAGGAAAUUCUUGAGUUGAAUUAUCAACAUGAAGGGAAAGUAGUGUUGUUCAAAUGUGACUGGGUUGAUAAUCGUGUAGAAGAUGAAUGGGUGCAAACUGAUCAGUUUGGAAUCACUUCUGUGAAUUUUAAGCAUUUGUUCAAUACUGGUGAGAAAAUAUCAGACGAGCCCUUCAUAUUAGCCACACAAGCAACUCAAGUUUACUAUGUUGAAGAUCCCAUUGAUGCUGAGUGGUCUACUGUUGUUGUUCCAUCAUUAUAUGACAUAGAAGAAUCUAAAGAUGACAAUGGUAAUGUUUUACGUGUGACGUUGCCUGAUCCAUGUACUGCUAUAUGUGUGAGUGUUGCGGAUGGAUGCAUUGGUUCUGCUAGGACACAUAUAGAUGGACUAGUUCUUAAAGCAAGUGAUAUUGAAAAAAAGAGGAAAAAUGGCAAGCGCAAACGGAAGAGCUAA